GCAAAAGCAUGAAAUCUCCGUGUUCUCUCAAACACCUGCAUUGACUUGGCUCUCAAACAAAAAGAAAUCAAUACUAGAAAAUGAUCCUAUUGGUAUUUUUGUAUGAAAGAGUCAGAAAAAGUCAAGUUUCGUAUCCAGCUUUAAGAAUAAGACCAUAUCAUAACGCAUACCUAGCCAUUAUCGGUAGCUCAAGCAUUUCUCUUAACCUUCUCUCUCUCUCUCUCUCUCUCUCUCGGUUUUUCUUUCUUCUUUGCUCUUGGUGAGGUUGAAUUUGUGUGACUAAGUGGCUCGAUGGGGCGAGCUCCAUGCUGUGACAAAGCCAACGUGAAUAGAGGGCCAUGGUCACCCGAUGAAGAUAACAUCCUCAGAAACUUCAUUGAGAAACAUGGGACUGGAGGCAAUUGGAUUGCUCUACCCCGCAAAGCAGGGCUUAAACGCUGUGGCAAGAGUUGUCGGUUAAGGUGGCUUAACUAUCUCAGACCAGACAUCAAGCAUGGAGGAUUUACCGAGGAAGAAGAUAACGUUAUAUGCUCUUUUUAUCGUAGCAUAGGAAGCAGGUGGUCUGUUAUAGCUGCCCAACUGCAAGGAAGAACUGACAAUGAUAUAAAGAACUAUUGGAACACCAAGUUGAAGAAAAAGCUGUUGGCAGGAAAAGUUGGACUCAACAAAACUAGCAACAAUGAAAUAACCACUGACAGUUCUACCAGUAAUCUCAACUCGGGGCAAUUUUCUGCUUCAAUUCCUUCUGAAGCUGAAGCUCGUGCUUAUGGGAAUUCAGAUUACUUGAAUGCAAAUGGCAGUACAUCAUCUUCAUAUAUGACAGAAAUGAAUCACCGACAAAAUUAUGAUUAUCCCGGCUUAAUCUUGGACCAAAUUGAUCAGUUUCCCCUUCCAGGGCUCAUGGAAGUUCCAGACUAUAGCACGAGUACAGCCAAUAACAAUUACAGUAUGUCAUCUUCUCAAGAAGUUUCAAGUCUUUCCAAUUCAUCUUCUUUUCCCAUGGAGAACAUGAGUUAUGCUACUACUUGGUCAGGCAAGGGAGGCGCGGAAGAUCAAGGACUCGUACCGGACCUUGAUUUUGACGGCCCUCACGAUCUUUUCAGUGGCUUGACCUUCCAAGCUAAAAGUAGUGAAGAAGAUGCUCCAUGCUUUGGGAACUUUUAUUCUACAACUUCUCUGUCUAACAGUUAUUAACCCUAAUGUAAUCCAAAUCAAUGUUGAACAGUUGAAGAUGGGAAAAAGCUUUUUUUUUUUUUUUAAAUAAAGGAGAAAUUAAGUAGUGGUAGAAUUAAGGACAUAGUGGAGACAAUAACUUUUAUAAGUUAUAAUUGGAUGUUUACCAGGCUAUGUUCAAUGUAACUGAUAGUAAAGUUAAACCGGUGGAAAGUAUGAAAUCAGCAGCUUGUAAUUAAUUAGUCAUGUGGGGUGUACUAUUUCCUACUACACUGUUUAUGGGGAUUCUUCGUCAGUGGAGCCUCAGUUUUACUAAGCUUUGCUUGAUUGCUAAGGUGAAAGGUUCAUGAGU